UACCCGCGCUACAAAUGUUUGUGCUGGCGGUUUUGUUUGGAGCGGUUUGAAAUUUUGUGUUGCUUGUCUGUUUGUUUACGAUUGACGAACGUUUGUCGAAAAUGUUUAAAGAGAAGUUAUUUCUGUGUGUUUGCACCGCGUGUAUUUUUGGAUAAAAUGAUAGGGUCUUUUACGUAAAUCCGUACGACUAGGAACAGAGUGGAUUAUGCGUAAACCUACAUAUCUGCUCCUGAUGAACAAUGGACACAUUUAAAAAGCCAGAAAGGGUUCCACCAAGGAAAACAGUAAAGGGUAGCCAGCAAGAUACACACUACUGUGCAAGACUCGAGUCCUCUGUAACAUCCGCUUCCCCAUCAACAUCACUUUGUUCACAACAGUCUAAAUGCGAUAACUAUAGCUACGCUGCAAGUUUUUACAAAAGUGUUAUAAAUAACAGUACUUUAUCCAAUGACUCAAGAGUUCUACACGAUUCUUCUCAGUUACACAGUUCUGUAAAGAAGUUUGGUGAAACUAUGUGGCUUGAGCUUAUAAAUACUGUCAGUAAGUGGCAGGUUGAGGGAUUUGCUGAAAAGUGCAAGGAAAUGAAAAUGAGGGCAGCUCUGUCAAAAGGCAAUUUACAUAAGAAAGUGGUGUUCUUUGAAAGAUGGUGGUGUGUUUUAACAGAUGAACUCGAUCUCUGCAUUCAGGGAUUUGUGGAGAACAAGAGUGGUAUGGUUCAGACUGAACCCAUAAUAAAACGAAUGGAUUCCCAUACUGUGGCCUGUCGAAAUUAUUUAUGCAAACUGAAAAAUUUCAGUGAUGAAGACUGUGUUUCAGGUUUACCACACUUCAUUAAAAACAGAUUUGCUUGUGGAUUCCCUGAAGAUUGGAAACUUUUAAGAAGACAAUGGACCAUGUUUUUAAAAGCAGGUGAACCACAAGAUUUUCAGUGGAAGGGAAAUGACAAUGCAGCUAUUUUAGACAACUGUUCUUCCAUCCAAAAGCCCCCUGGACAAUCAUCACAAGAAAGUAGUUGUGAGGAAUUCACAAACAAAACUCAAAAGAGGAAUUCAUUGCUUACCAAUAAUAAGUUCACAGAAAGAGUUCUUGGACUUGGUUCUAAUAAUGCUGUUGUUGAAAAACGUGAUACUAAAAAUACAGGAAACCGACCAUGUUUAGAAGAAGAAAGAACUAACUGUGAACCACAAGAUUUUCAGUGGAAGGGAAAUGACAAUGCAGCUAUUUUAGACAACUGUUCUUCCAUCCAAAAGCCCCCUGGACAAUCAUCACAAGAAAGUAGUUGUGAGGAAUUCACAAACAAAACUCAAAAGAGAAAUUCAUUGCUUGCCAAUAAUAAGUUCACAGAAAGAGUUCUUGGACUUGGUUCUAAUAAUGCUGUUGUUGAAAAACGUGAUACUAAAAAUACAGGAAACCGACCAUGUUUAGAAGAAGAAAGAACUAACUGUGCAAUCCCUAAAAGAAAUAAACCAGAAUGUAGCAACACUGCUACAACUACAAAGAAACAUUUUCUGGCAACUAAAAGAAGUUUUGAUAUUGUUAAUGAUAGUGAAAACUCAAGUGAUGAAGAUAAUGGCAUUGUCAACUUGGGGACGAAUUGCCAAGAUGCAAAAAUCAAUGAUAAUCAGUAUGGAAAUAAGGAGCAAUCGGUUGUCGUGAGAAGAAAUAAUACACCUCAAGCAUUGGUGGGUAAUGAAGUAUUACUGGAGAAGUGGCUGCCCGUCUUGAAGGGGAGACAACUCUGCUUCAAAGGAGUCAGGUCUACAGGGAGCACAUACAACGAUCACACAACAGCUGCAGUAAAAUCAAGACUUAAAAGUGAUACUGUGACACUCGUUGAUGGCAGUACCUGCAAGCUUAUAGGACAGCUUCAUGAUGUGCAAAAUUGUUUGCCUGCAGAAAUUGGAUCUAAGUUCAAAUGUGGAAUGCCACUGCAUUGGCGGAAAGCAUUAGAAAUAUGGAUUACCUAUGCCAACAUUGCUAAAGGUACAUCUGCUACAAGAAGUGAAUCUCCAUACUUGAAUAACCAGCAACAAGGAAAUGUGAAAACAAGCUCACGGGGCCGUAUUUUGCUGCGACCAGUGAAACACUGGUUAGGUGAGACUCCUUCAUCAGUCAUUAACUGUAUGGCAGACAACAAUAAAGAGAAAAAUAAUGACGUACGAGAGAAACUAUGGAAUGAUCAAGGCUCAAACGCUUUGCCUGCUGUGAAAAGUGACAGAGUGCAAAGUGCAGGUUACAAGAAAAAAUGUGAGAUGUUGAACAAGCCGGAGGCAGUACCACCAAAAAGCGUAAAAAAUGCAGUCAACUCAACACGAAAGAAAGAAUUAGUUUACAGAAACGUAAAUAAAAGUAAGAAAGAACAGCAGCCAUCUAUACCUGACACAGACAAAGUUGUGAAUAGUGAUCCUUUAGAUGGCAAUAACUGUCCAGAAAAUCAAUUUGAAAACCCAAUUCAUUUUACAAAUUCAGAAAGGAGAGUUCUGAAAAGUGGAAACAAACAAAUCAAUGCACAAAAAGAAAGUUCCAAUGCCAUAAUGUACAAGAACAAGAGUGAUGGUGUUGGUAAGAAUGAAGUUUCUCAUAGUAUCCACUCAAUUAAUAAAAUCAAUUAUGGAAAUUUAAAGCCAAAUACUACAGUCCCAGUAUUAGGCAAAGAUAGUAAAGAUUCCACCAAUGACAAAAAUAGUAAGCACGCCACCAAGAAAACUAAAAAUAUGAAAACAAGUGAUAUGGGCUAUGAUUUUACAGAUUUUCUCGGGAAACCCCCACGUACCCUGAAGCAGAGGAAGAAACUGGCCAAAAUAGUCAAAACAAUAUCACAAAAUAACAAAAAAAAUGUGGAUUUUUUUGAUGAUACUUCAGAAGAUCAUGAAAAUAGUAGGGUGGAGUGGGAUGAUUUUAUAGAUUUGAGUGAUUGUGCAACUUUUAACAUUGGAGAAGAAACACCACGUUCAAAGUUACUUCAUGGAAGUUGUUUGAAGACACCUGAGACUUCUCCAUCGCGCUCUAUAUUCCAGAUAACACCAUGUAAUAGUGGUGAAGUUCUGCGAUACGUUCAUCAACAGAAGACAAAAAAAGACAGAGCUGUUGAAAAGAAAGAUGCAAAGAAAACAAAAUUAUCUUUUAUUCAUACCACAACAGAAAAUCAGGCUGCAAAUGACAUAUAUGCAGCACUUCUGAAGGAAGAAACCAUCCCAAAACAUAUAAUAACCAAAGCAAUGAAUGUUGACAGUGAUGAUAGUUCAUCUGAAUCUUUUGACUGAUGUGAUUAACAUAAAUAGCUGGGCCAUAGUAUUUUAUGUGCUGUGCAGUGAUGGCUUGUCUGAUUAGUGUCUUCUUUCUGUGGCCCAGCACAGUUAAAAAGAACCACCAAGCUACCAAACUCCUCUGUGGGCAAACAUGUUGUGGUGAGGGUGCAUAUGCAUACAUGCAAGUAUGAAAAAUGAGUGUAACUCCACAACCAGACUGCAGUCGCCUUUGGGGACCCCAUAGUUGUGACACUGUAAUUUCCUGAUCAAGUGUUGUGUUGGAUGUAUGACUAGAUCAUUUAUUUAGUAAUAACUGAUACAAUAAAAGGAAAAAUUCUUGAAGGUUCAUUGUAAAGUACUGUUCCAUGGUAUGUUUGAAAU